AUAUGCCGGUUGAUAAUCUCCUCAUGUUUCCUGAAUUUGCGACUUACAUAAUGAGGCAACCAUGGUUUGACAAGGAGAGGACCGUUGUGGUGUCACCUGAUGCGGGAGGCGUGGAACGUGCUAAUGUCUUGGCUGAUCGCAUUGGUGCCAGCCACAUCGUGACGAUCCUUAAGCGACGUGUAGAGGCUGGCAAGGUUGACUCCAUGCAAACCGUUGGUAAUGUCGACGGGUAUAUUUGCAUCAUCGUAGACGACAUGGUGGACACGGCAGGCACACUCUGUAAGGCGUGUAACCUGCUGAAAGAGAUGGGGGCGGUACGCCUGGUGGCUUGCUCCAGCCACGGCAUCCUGACGGAUCCGGCGUGCGAGCGCAUCAACAACUGCGAGGCAUUGAGUGAACUUGUUGUGUCGGACUCUAUUGCGCAGAACAUCAACUCCCAAAAGUGCAGCAAGCUGACGGUCCUCACAAUAGCACCGUUGCUUGGGCGGGCGAUCGACAAUCUGCACCAAGAGGCCUCGCUGUCUUCCCUGUUCUCGAAGUCCGGGGCCUCCAAGUAA